AUGGACGCUACCAAUGCCUUCGAUUCUGUGAUAUCCUGCUCGCUUCUUCCCUUAUCAUUCGAUGUUUUCUCCUCUGCACGCCAUCUUCAAGCACAUUUGGGCGCGAAGAUUUCGCGAGAGAGGAGUGAUGCCAUUGAUGCUACAGACGCUGAGGUUGCUCUGGGAACAUCCAAGAAGAACAGACUUGCUUCUGCCAACGCGAAUGCUCUGAAACUUAGCUGUGAGCUUCUCAAGAGCUUUGUCUCAGAGGCUGUGCAGCGCGCGGCUAUAAUUGCUGAAGCUGAGGGGAUGGAUAAGAUUGAAGCGAGUCAUUUGGAGAGGAUUCUUCCUCAGCUUCUUUUAGACUUUUAAAAGGUAUGUAUCAUCGAUAAUAAAUUUUGACUGUUAAUGUCUGAUGAUUAACAGUGAUUUCACGCAAGGUUUUUUGAAGAUAAUAUAAAUAGUCUAUUUCGCAUCUAUGAGAAAAAGAGAGCCUAGUAUAGUAUAUUUGACUUGAUCCUGUCCGUUACAUACAGUAGUGUUUGCAUGCACAUGGUUCGUCUUCUCCUCCAUUCUCUUUGGUUUACCUUCUGCUCAGAAAAACAAAAACCACAGGCUGUAUGCAGAUGGUGAUUUCCUUGUGAUAAAGUUUUAAUACUUAGGUGAAAAUGAACAGAUACAAGUAUUGUGUUUUCUUGAUUAACUCAAGUGGAGACACAUGGUAAUCGUUUCGAUGAAUGAUCCUUUGGACAAUCAACUCGUCCAUGAGCAAUGUCAGAGGAAGUUAGGCUCAGUAGCUGAUGUUAGGAUUGAUUCUUUUUUAGUCAGGCCGUAACUAACUUGGAGCUUACUACAAGUUCACGUGGGGUUGCGGUGACGCCGAAUGAGUAUUUACGACCACCAGACCGUGACAUCUGUCUCUUUCUGACAUCAUAGUUAAAGGAUACCUCGACAGUCGCUAUAUAUAUAGUUUUUUUUCUUAUCUAGUUAUCUCAUAAAUCUUUACGCAAAUUCACGAAAAUGGCUUCUUCUGCGGAUGCUCCUCUAGAGAGUGGCCUUUCGUCUCUAAGAUUGGCGGCGGAUAAGUACCGAUCGAUCUUGAACGAUGAAAAAACUGGAAAUAUACGGUGGAGGUACGGUGGUCCUCCGCUAUUUGACACUGUGAACAAGCUCUUCGAAGAAGAAAGAACCCAUGUAAUUUACAAACCAACUCUCUCUCCUCUCUCUGUCUUUUUUUUUUAAACAAUUGUGGUCAUUUUCAUAUUAUAGCAUCAUCUUAAUGGUAUUAAUAUGGUUCACUAGUAUCCACUAUCCUCAAUAAUUUCAAGACAAAGUCAAGAUAAUGACCAUACCGCAUCUGACGUGAUAGAUAGCAAACAUAUACUUUUUCUGUAGUGUUCAAACAUGUCAUU